CAUUUUUUUGUUGUUUUCGAUAAAGACGGUUUGGAGUACAUGAACUACUCACUGAAGUCAUGCCAGUCUUUUGUUAAUGCCCCAAUAUUGGGAAUGGGUAGUAACUGUAAUUUCACUAGUCUGGUGAAAACAAAUUAUUCUGAAAUCUUGAAGAUGGGUUUCCUUUUGAAUUGGACUGCACAUAGUUGCGGUAAUUGUGAGAGCAGUGGUGGGCGCUGUGGAUUUGAUGACCAUCAGUUUAUUUGCUUUUGCCCAGAUAAGCCUCAUUCCAAAACUUGCAAUGAUGGUGAUGAUAAUAAAGGGAAACAGAAACCUGUUGUAGGUGAUGAUAAUAAAUGGAAACGGAAACUUGCUAUAGAUUUCUUGUUGAAAUCAAACGAAUGUUUAGUGUCACCAUCUUACGAUUUCCACCUCAUUCACACAGGUCUUGGCUGUGGUUUUUUUGGAGGCGUAGUGAUAACAUGCAUUGUGUUCAUAUCCUUCCUUCGGCGCAGAAGAGUGCAUAAAUAUGCUCGAUCCUCCUCUGUUACACACGACAUAUCCUCUGCUCCAGCUUCACUGACUGAUCAUGGGAAAGUAGGUAACUUCCCUGGAGUGCAUAACUUCACCUACAAUGAACUUGAAAAGGCCACCAAUAAAUUUGAUUCUGCCAUGGAACUAGGUGAUGGAGGCUUUGGCACCGUGUAUUAUGGCACACUCCAAGAUGGGCGACCUGUUGCAGUCAAACGCUUAUAUGAAAACAAUUACAAAAGAGUGGAACAAUUCUGGAAUGAAGUUGAGAUCCUAGCUCAGGUGCGCCACCGGCAUCUUGUAUUACUUUAUGGUUACACCUCUCGCCACUGCCGUGAACUCUUGCUUGUAUAUGAGUAUAUUUCCAAUGGAACCGUUGCUGACCAUCUUCAUGGUGAGCGUGCCAAACCAGGUUCACUUCCUUGGCUCAUUCGUUUGAAGAUUGCCAUAGAGACUGCAAGCGCAUUGACUUACCUCCAUGCUACUGAUAUCAUCCACCGUGAUGUGAAAACCAACAACAUUCUCCUUGAUGAGAAUUUUUCUGUUAAAGUGGCAGAUUUUGGAAUUUCUCGUCUCUUUCCAACACAUGUUACACAUGUUUCUACUGCUCCCCAAGGGACUCCUGGUUAUGUUGAUCCAGAAUAUCAUGAAUGCUAUCAGCUGACAGACAAGAGUGAUGUAUUUAGUUUUGGGGUCGUCUUGAUUGAGCUAAUAUCAUCCAAGCCAGCUGUUGACAUCACCAGGCACCGCCAUGAGAUAAACUUGUCUAAUAUGGCCAUUAACAAGAUUCAAAACCGAGCACUACACGAACUUGUAGAUCAAACUCUUGGGUAUGAAUCAGACUAUAAGGUGAAGACAAUGAUAACUGCAGUGGCAGGGGUGGCAUUUCGGUGCCUGCAAGGUAGGAAGGACCUGAGGCCAACAAUGGCAGAGGUGUUUGAGGCUUUAGAGGGUAUAGAGAGUGAGGACUACAAUAAUGAAAAAGCAGAGGGGAUGAACAUUGCGACAGAUGAAGUUGCGUUGUUGAAGACUCUAUCUACAACAUCUAAUGCUAGUAAAGAAAAAGCAGAGGGGAUGAGCAUCGCAGCAGAUGAAGUUGUGUUGUUGAAGAGUCAAUCUCCGAUUCACUCCCCAGAUUCUGUGGCAGUAAAAUGGAUUAGUAGCUCUGCAACAUCUUUUACCAGUGAUUGAUAUAUAUAUAUAUAUAUAUAGCAUCUUAUGCUUUGCUAGAAUUUAGAGGGUAUAUAAUAAAAUAGUAUGUUCAACUUGUAACAUCCACCAUAUUCAACAAGAGUGGGUCUGGAACGUUUAUUUCAUCCCAGCCUAGACCCUAAAACAACAAAUGGAAUGUACAUACCAUUUAGGAGAUAUGAAUCACCUAGUAUACAAAGCUCAUUUACCUGAUUUUAUACGAAGCACAUCAACUUUGUUGUCUUAUGGUAUAAACGAAAUAAUUAUUU